AUGGUUUCCACACCUCAACAAGACGGCUUCAUUUUAAUGGCACACUUCCGCAGUGGUACUCGCAAUCCUGAUGGAAGUUGGACCUAUUUCCUGCAGUCAUGCAUUGAGCAGUUUUCUGAGGCUUUUCCAGAAGUCGAUAUCGACUAUGAUGGUUUCAAACAUCACAAGCUCAACCUUGUUCAGAGAUUCGAAAAUAAACAUUGUAUCUGCAAGGGAAAGUCAACUGGAAGACCAUCUGUUUCAACAGAAGAUGUUGUUGAAGACAUUAGAAGACGAGUGGAACAAAGUCCUAAGAAAUCCAUUGCGAAGUUAUCUGUUCAAACAGAUUUUGAUGAAUCUGAUAAUGAAGUCCCCAUCUCGAAGAAAAUUGAUUCAUCGUUUGAAGUAAACCCGAGAGAAAACCUCGAAAUUGAUCCUCAUACUAAUGAAAAUCAUAAUUUUUGUAACACCCAAUCAAUAAUAUCUGAAGAUGAGUAUGCCAGGCCUAUUGAAUUACAAUUGAAAGAGUGGGCUUUGAGCCACAAAAUAUCUCAUGUUGCCAUAAAUGACUUGUUGAAAAUUUUAAAAAAUAGUAAUCCUCAGUUGCCAUCUGAUGCUAGGACUCUUUUAGGAACUUGUCGAGAUGACUUUGUUGAUGAUGCAAUUGAUGUUAUAUAUCAUGGUUUAUUUAUCAAUGGAAAAAAAUAUAAUGUUAAAAUUGGUUCAUUUAUAUGUGAUGCACCUGCCAAGUCUUACAUAACUUUCACCAAAGGCCACUCUGGUUAUGCAUCUUGCACCAAAUGUCAAAUUGAAGGCAGUUAUAUUGAUAAUAGAAUCUGUUUUCCACAAACCAACAAUCUAUGUGCUAGAAAUGAUGUUGAUUUUAGAAGUGGCACUGAAGAAGUCUUCACCGAAAAAGACGUUUCAUUACAAGAAAUAAGAGACCUUUGUGAUGAAUUUCAGCUAAUGCCAGUCACUAAGAAAAAGGAAGUCUUGUCCAAAGGAAAGCAAAUUGCUGCAUUAGGCCGGCAGAAUAGGGAAAAUGAUGCUGUCAAUGCAAUCAAAGAGAACAAUAAUAACUGUAAUGAACCUGAAGAAAACAUCAUUAUCACUCUGGAGGAACAUGAUUAUUUUGAACCUGGACCAGUCAAGAAAACCAGGAUCGACAAAAGUGUGAUCUUGAGAAAAAAUGCCAUGGAAUACUUGACAAAGAAAAAUGAGAAAGAUCAGGAGUUAAGGUUGAAGGAGUUGCAGUUGCAAGAAGAAAAAUAUAAACUUGAGGCAAGAAAAAUACAAAUUGAAGAAAUGAGACUGGAGUUGGAGAUUGAAGAUAGGAAGAAACAAAAAGAAAUUGAAUAUGAAAAAUUAAAACUAGAUUUCAAGCAAAAAACUGAGCUGCACACACAUAUAGCAUCCAUCACAACAAAAAACUAA